AUUGGCAUGAAUCUUGGUUUGUAAUUUGAAAGUAGCGAUGAUUAUAAAUAUAUAUGGUUUGGUUCGAAAAGAGAGUUUUCAGAAAGCUAAAGCUUAUGCAACUGUGAGUAUUUUAUAAUUCAAUUAAUCAUGCUAAGGAUUUGUUUGAGUUACAUCCUGAGAUACUGGCGAAACCCAGAGUAUAUGAGAUGUUUGAAUUUGAAUGGUCACAGUUUAUAAAAGAGGAACGGAAGAAACUUGGAGGGUCUUACUUGUGCUGCACAAACGAUGUUUUAGUUCUCAUCGAUGGAGUCCCAAAGGGGUCAGAAAUCGACUUCUAUGCUUGGGCGGACAAAGAAUUUGGGUUCACUGAUUACCGUCCCUUGGCCCUAUAUAGAACGUUAGCAGAAGAUGGUUAUCGAAAAAUGUUGUGUGCUCUGAAUAGAAUAUUUGUAUCUAUGCUGAUAUCUAUUGAUGGACAAAAAUGUGGAGUACUACUCUUCGAGCUAUACUCAGACAUUUUGCCAAAAACGUGCGAAAACUUCAGGUCACUGUGUACUGGUGAAUAUGGGACGAUUAAAAAGAACGAGGUAGAAAAAUACAAAAUGCACUACAAAGGGACGAAAUUCUUCCGAUUAGUAAGAAAUGGUUGGAUUCAAGGAGGAGAUAUAUUAUACAGUAGAGGAAACGACGGUCACUCUAUAUAUGGUCCAGUGUUUGAAGAUGAAAAUUUUAUUAUGAAACACGACCAGCGUGGAGUUCUUAGUAUGGCCAAUUCUGGACGUCAUUCAAAUGGUUCACAGUUUUUCAUAACAUUUGGACCCGCAGAGUGGAUGGACAAUCUUUACGUAGCAUUCGGAAGAGUCAUUGAAGGCAGUGCAACAUUGGAUAAGAUGGAGGAGACACCAACUCAGUAUGACGUCCAAUAAAAGAUAUAUGCAUUGAAGAUAUCAAUGUUGUGGAUCCCAGGGAUUCAAUAACUGAGAUCUAAAAAAAUGUUCGAAUAUACUAAAUAUGAUAUGCAUGCUGUUCGUUGAAAAGUGUGAAUGUGACAAUUGCCAGUAGCUUCAUAUUGUAAAGAAACCUUUUACGUACUUAUAAAUAUAAAGGUGCCGAUGUGAUCAAGAUACAAAGUGAAUAACAGAAUAAAAAGUAACAGAAUG